UUUGUUUUUAGUUUCAUAUCUUCAUGCACCCUAACUCGCGUAGAAUGUCAGCCCUACCCACACGAACAGUCACUGAACAAGUAAUACAGGUGAAACUGCUGCUGGUAAACCACGUCUGAGAUAAUCUCGUUUCCACAACCUUUACUGCCUUGAAUUUGCUUCGCGAGACUGGUUGAAACGCCUCGUGAACUACAUUCCAGCACGGACAUGGCUGCACCUAUACCAAAACCCAGAGCCCGCUACAACCUUCAGUCAAGUGUCCAGAAACAGGACAGGGAUCUGUUAAAUGAUUCACCGGGUGGCGAAGCAGUUGGAAUACAAGAUGAUCUCCAGGAAAAAAAUAAUUUUCCCACCACAGGAGCUCCUGGCACUUAUGGUACUAUGGCCAAUGCAGAAAACGGUGACAAGCCUGAAGUCCCCCUAAAAGGACCCUCAAAAGUCCAACCAACUAGCUCUACUUCCCAAACCAGAAGGGCAGCCUGGUGUGCAAACAGGUCAAAGACACUGCCUGAAACUCUGCCCAACCCACCACCUUGGCAGAAUCAGAGCCUGCAGAACUCAGAUUCCAGCACUGGCAGUGAGAUUGCUGGUGAUUCGGGUCAUGCUCAAAACCACUUUAACUGGCCUGCCUCUCCUCCACCCAGUCCUACCGGGCACCGGGAGAUUGCCGAAUGGGCCACAGAGGAGGAGUUUGUCACUCCCCCAACUCCAAAGUUAGAACACGAGACCACUGUCAGCACUGGAACUGGACAAAGCCCUGAAUCACACACUAAUCCAAAUACAGAUGGUUCCCAGGCCUCCAACAGUCAAGUCACUGUCCCCAGCAAUGGACAGCCCCCACAGCCAGAGAAUGAGCCAGUUGUUCUGACCAAGAGAGUGAAGCAGAAGGCUCCCCGUGCUGCUACCAUUCGAGUGAGCAGGAAGAAGCAAGGCCUGGUGGAGUGGAAUGGGGGCAGUCCCACUGGCGAGGUGCCGGUCAGGGAGGGUGCAGUGUCGCGCUCCAGCUGGCUGGACGUGUGGCAAGGCCGCAGGCACCACGUGCUGUGGGCCACGUUGGACGGGCAGCUGAUGUCUCUUUGGAAGAAGCGGACAGACAAGUUCACAGAGGUGGUUUUCCACAUGUCAAGCAUCACCAGCGUCCGAGCUCUGGAACGGGGACGCUUCUCAAUCUACUUCAGCAAGAAGCACAUCGAAUUCAUGGCACACAACAAGGCGGUGCAGGAGGGCUGGGUGAGCUCCCUCCUCGCCUCCCGAGGCCAGAAGCCCCCGCCUCCAGCCGAGCAGCACGGGCCCCUCGUCAUGAAGGACCCCCGCACUAAGGUGUACGCGGCCAUCCUGGGACACAACCUUUGGAUCUAUCGCAACAAAGAGGACUAUGGUUUGGGGCUUGGGAUGACCUAUGUUUCCAUGAACGUGGCAUCGGUGAAGCAAUUGGGCCGGCACAGUUUCAGCCUCAUCACCCCGUAUAAGACCUUCAGCUUCUCGGCAGAAUCGUCGCGGGAGCUGGCGGUGUGGCAGGGCUGCCUGAUGCAGGUGAUCCGCAGCGCCCUGUCCUGCAGCCAGGUGGCGCUGCGUAUGUGGGCCAGCCCCUGGAACAAGGUGUGCGCAGACUGCGGAAGCGCCAGCCCCGAGUGGGCCUCGGUCAACCUGCUGGUGGUUAUCUGCGAGGCCUGUGCAGGUCAGCACCGAUCGCUGGGAAUUAAUGUGUCCAAAGUUCGCAGUCUGAAGAUGGACAGUAAGGUGUGGACAGAGCCACUAAUUCAGCUCUUCGUACAGUACGGAAACAAAAUGGCCAACGACAUAUGGGGCCACAACGUGCCUGCCGCCGAACAGAUCUUACCAGACACCUCCCCGAAUGAGCGCAACGCUUUCAUCAAGGCCAAAUACUGCACAGGGCUGUACAGACGAGUGCACCCUCUGGCCUCCAGCCAGAGUCUGCUCAACCAGAGGCUGUGUGAGGUGGUGAGUGGUCCUGACAUCCCGGAGACCAUGUCUCUGCUGUGCUCAGGGGCGCGGGUGCUGUGCCACUCCGGGGACCCCCAGUACCCCUCGCCCAUCUCCCUGGCGGAGCGGGCUGGCCAGGCCAUGCAGACAGAGCUGCUCAGACAUAACGAGUAUACAGAGGUCCCUGCAUAUGGCCCAAAGAAGCGAUCGGGAAAAGCACUGUCCUCUCCCUCUAUAGUCCCGGACGCUGCCACGGCUGCAGGAGCAGGACAGGAGGAGCUACAUGGGAAGUUGGAGGAGGACCGCUUCCUCUUCUCUCAGGAGAACGACUCGGCUGCCUGUGAUGUGUUGGAUCUGAGGGAGGUCGUGUCCAUACUCAACCGCUGCACUGGAGAGACCCAUGAGUUUGAGAUGCUGACACUGACAGACCAGCUUGUGUGCCAAGCUGACAAUCGUCAGACACUGAUGUCACACCUAACACACAUUCUGAAGGUGGUUUUGCCAGGUCCUGUGUUGGACGAGGAGCUGGAGGGGGUGUUCACAGUGUCCAGAGUGGCCAUGCGCGAGGGAGGUGACCUGCAGCACACUGAAGUUUGGGUGGCCCUCAAACACAAUGAGAUGCUCAUCUACCCCACCGGGGAGCGACAGAAAGACAAGCUUCUACUGACCCCUGACACUAGCUGCAACUUGGACUUAUGUGAGAACACCAUUGAGCUGAUUACUCCUGAGAGGACCGUGUCCAUGCAGUUUGAGCGAGAUGAUCCCUGCCGCUCCUGGGCCACGCUACUGAAGAGGGAACUGCAAGGGCCAACCGUAGAAGUCAGGAAGCAGGAGUCUCUGUACCAGCUGCCCCCUGCAGUCACUGGGAAAGUGCCCCCGGCUAUAGAGAGAUGCAUCUCUCACAUCACACAGUAUGGUCUGAAAGUGGACGGUAUUUACCGGCGCUGUGGCGUCGCCACCAAGAUCAGCCAGCUGGCGGCGGCGCUCGGCAGCUCUCCUGGCACAGCGGAGCUGGAGAAGGACGAGAUGGGCGUGCUGGACACCGCCGGGGCACUCAAGCAGAUCCUCCGCACGCAGGAAGUGCUCAUCCCGGGAACGCACAUGGGAGCCUGGGUGGAUGCGGCAGCUCACUCAGACGAGGCAGAGAGACUGCACACAUACCGCAGGAUACUGGAGAGCCUUCCCUUUGACAACAGAGCCACUCUCAGCGCCCUCUGUGGACACCUGUACCUGGUUCAGCUGUACAGCCAUGAGAACCGGAUGACCGCUCAGAACCUGGCCCUGGUCUUCGUGCCCACGCUGUUCCAGGAGCAGGCAAUGAACACCAACAUGGUCCGGCUCACCCGCGAACUCAUCAUCCACUACACCCUCAUCUUCCAGGGAGAAGGGGCGACAGAUGAAGAAAUGGUGACUGUUUUCUGAAAUAAAACAAACAUAAGACAGGAAGAGAGAAGAGGACUUCUGAUCUGUCCAUUAAAAUAACUCUGAUACAUUGUUUACACAUCAAAUAGGUAAACCAUUUUUUUAAAAGCUGCAAUUAGACACCAUUUCCUAAAAUGACAGUGUUUGCUGAGACAAGUGAGAUGCAUACUUUUACACUGGUUUCAGGCUUUUUAGUGGACAGUAAAUAUAUAAUAAUAGUUUACUUCUGAUAAUGUUUUUGUACUAACUUGCUCUUAUGAACAUUUAAAAUAUUUGAAUAAAAUGCUUGUAUUACCAGCAGAGAUUAGUUUUAUUCUGGGAGCAAUUCGUUUUAAACUGUAGCUGAAAACCUUUUUUCUUUUUCUUUUCUUUUUUUUUUUACUUCAUUCAGAAUGGGAAAUGAGUUUUGUUUUAUUUUGGGGGUUUUCUCCUUAAACACUUUCUUCAAUCAGAUAUUAAAUAUAAUGUGAAAUGAGAAAAUUAACCUCUAAUGUAAGAAACCUUCAGUAAAGUGAAAUGUAUUUAUUUUCUUGAAUUCUCUUUGAGCACUUUGUUUAAAGUUUGUACAUUUUUACACGUCAUUUCAUGACCUACAUCUGGAGUGUGGUGUAGGAACUGCAAACUGCCUGCAUUAUAAAAUGUUUGAGCCAGAUGCAGCUGUUGAA